AUGGAUCCCGAGCGUCCGCUGUCCAUCGCUGAGCUCGCCGCACGCAUCACUGCCAACACCCAACAACGCAAGAGCACUAACGUUAACUGUAUGAUCCAUCUCCAGGCACUCAUUGAGCAGGACCCGACCACGACGUUACCUGACGACGUCAAGCUGCUCGACCAGCUCGAGACCGAUCUCUUGUCUGGACAAUACGAAGCUGUUGACGGUGACGAUGCGGCGGAGUUUCAUGUCGCCAAGUGGCACUUACUCACCAGCUUCUUCCGCGUGCAUGGAGCGACACGUCCAGCUACGGAGCAGCAUUUGCAGUCGGUCUUGAGCUUGAUGCUGGCAGAUCGGUUCGUGUCGAGUGACGUCUUGGCUGCCAUGGCUGAAUGGCUACUGCAGCUCAAUAGCGAGGCCAGUUGUCCAGUUGAUCUCCUGGAUGUGAAGGUGGUUCGUGAAGACCAGGAGCAAACGUACCUGGAGCUUGUCAAGCAGAUGUACGUGACGUUCAGGGACACUGGUCGACGACAGAGACUUGCUGCCAUGUUGGAAUGGCUCGUGGGUACGAAGGACCAUGCAAAGCUGGUUGUGAAGUCCGGCGUGCUUCGCAGUCUCUUGCAGGUGACGUUGGAAUCGACAGCGGAUGACGGUUCUGAAAUGCUGCUGGAACACUUCAACAUGGUCGGGAGACGAGUGGCGUCGAUGGUUUGUUUUGAAGCAGCAGUGUCGGAGUUGUCCGCCAAGUCGAGCGUGGAGAUGGUGAAGCUGGCCGAGACCAAACGACGAGCUGGUUGUGAACUCGUUGUGAUGCUGAUGCUGAGUCGCGUGUCGAUUGUAGUCGCCGAUGCUGUCCGGAUGCUGCAGCUGUUGAUUGAACAUGAUCGCUUUCGAGUCUUGCUACCCAUGGUGCCUGACCUGCGUGGUGCUCUGGAGAAGGCACGACUAAAGAAGAGCAAACUCGAGCACGACGAGUACCUGAGCAAGCUGUGCGAGACGCAGUACGAACGUCUUGUCCCGGAGAUCGAUGCGUUCGAGUGCGAACAUGGGAGUGUCGUAGGGUUGCCUUCAGACGCCGAACGGGGUCGAGACGGCGAGGCCGAUCCCGAGAAGCUUGGUCUGGAAUCAGCGACGGCUUGCAAAACGCAAGGCAACGCGUUUUUUCGUCGAGGCAACUAUGCCACUGCCCACGCAUUCUACAGGCACGCGAUUGCGGUGCUCCGAGCUGCGCAGCUUCGAGAAGAGACUGCGCUGGAACUUCUGUCGGUCGACGAAACAUUAGCGCGCUGCAGUAUCGGAGCCAGCGUGCGGGUCCGUUUGCAUCGAGGCAGUGACUGGCAGGAUGCGAUGGUCUCGGAUGUCGAAACGAACGGCGCGUCCACCCAAAUUGAGGUGGUCUACGAUGCAGACACCCGAGAAGACGAAUGGGUUGCGCUUUCUCGCAUUCGACUGCGCAUGAAGACAUCGCUGUUGGCUGCGUUUGACGACCUUGCGGUGGAUUGUUUCAUGAACAUGGGCAAAGCGUUAUCUGCUCUUGGUGACCACGAUGAAUCUGUCCAGUGCUUUUCGCAGGCACUAGCUCUCCGAGGUGGCAAACUCGUCUCCGCGCUGUACUUUCGUGGCAUAGCUAACAUAGCUCGUCGCGAUCUCACCGCCGCACGCCAAGAUCUCUGGAAUGCUGAUCAACAGUGCAGAACGCAACAGAAAAACAGCACAAGCGGCGGCAAAAGUGAACGAAAUACCCGAGACAAACAGCAGAUGCGCGCUUUUCACACACUUAUUGUGGCUGCAUACAAGAAGCUUCAGCAAAUGCACGCGAACAAAAAGCGCAUCGACAAGAUGGCGAUCAAGCAGAUGCUGAAAUACUUGUCCACCAUCCCAGCCCUACAAGAUGAGUAG